CAGUUAUGACAUCCAAAUCUGUAGUAAAGCCUAUGGCAAGAGUCGCAUUAAAGCACUGGACUUGCAUUUAUUAUCAUACUAGGAGUCAUUACAUUAUUCGGUAUUAAGGAAAGCAUUCGGUUACACAAAACCAAAGAAAAGAAAGGAGAAACGGUGCCUUAUAGCACAAGGAAGAUUGUUGUCACCAAAUCAGAAUCAUCAUCAAAAGCUGCAGCUCUUCUUCCUUAACCCUCAUGGAGAAGCAUUUGAUCAAAAUGCCACACUCCUGCAGUUUUCACACAGGUCACAUGAGGAUCGUUGCGUAUUUUAAAGAAGCAUCAUUGCUUAAUAUAACUAAUCAAAGUUGUGAACUCUUCACGCCAUCAGAGGUUGCUUUGCUGGAAUGCACAUAUGAAUUGGAAGUGUUUAUCCUCAAAGGUUAUGGCAUCUCCUUGAACUACAAAAUGGGAGUUCCAUUGCUAGAAGAUGUUUUGCAUCCGAUGGAAGAAGAAGCUAUCAAGGCCCGGGAAGGUAAUCUCAAACUCGAAACCAAGAAAAUAUGUUUAUAA